UUAAACCAGUUGGACGGACCAACUAAAAUAUCGUUUCGAAAAUAUUUUCAUUUUCAUUACGAUACACACACGUAUAUACAUACUUCAAUAGCGAGCGUAUUGUGUGUGGUUUAUUUAUUGCAUUUUAGUUGUACACAAACUUGAACCAAAUCAAAAUAAAAUCAAAACAUUAAUUGCUUGCGUUUAUAACAAGAGAGAGACACAAUCUCCAAAGCCAUUCAAUUGAAGGCAACUGGCAAACAUAUACAUAAAUAAACAAAUAAAUACCCAACAAAUAAUACAAAUAAGCAGGAAACCUUCAUAAUGACAACAAAAACGAUUAGUUUCAACUACAAAUUACCUUUUGUUUGGUUAGCUGUUGUGUUGUUGUUGCUGUUGCAAUGCUGCAAUUGCGCACAAGGCACACCGAUGCUCUACAAGAAGAAUCCACAAGACAAAUACGAAGCAGAUCUUGUACCCGUUUCCUCGACUGUCAUCCCGCUAACAGUGCUCGAAGUCAGCUACGGUUUGGGCGGCAAACCCAGCGAGGAGUAUAAGCAAGCCUAUCUGAAGAAACUGCGCAAGAAGGUGCAACUUAAGCAGCACUCAAAACUGACACAACAACAACAACACGAUGGCGACGAUGCUGAAUUAGCGGAUCCCGAUACGCUCAUAACAAUAAAAAAGAAACAUAACGACACCAAUAAAGCCAAAGUCAAGGGCAUCUAAAGCAAUUGCAGAUGACAACGAUGACACGGCGGCAGCGAGCAACGAGCAGCGUUAUAUGUACAGCGUGGCGACGACAUUAAACUACAUCAGCAAAACACAAUAAUAAUAACAAAACGCCAAAACAGCGCAGACAACCGAGAUGGCAGUGGGAAGAUUUGAGAGUAAGCUUGCUAGCUAGCUAUACUGAAGUGAGCACUUAGCUGAUGACGGCCAGUGUUUUAGAUGGUGUAUGCUGUUUGACUGUUUUUUGUUGUUUUACUUUUUAUGUUUUUUAUAUAUACAUAUAUAUUUUUUUUUAAUUUUUUGGUUUUUUUAAAUAUUGUUUUGUGUUUCUUCCUUAU